AUGUCUUCGUUGAUAGAUUCGGAUUAUGUUAGUGAGAGCAGUCUGGCAAAUCUGCGGCUAUACAAAUAUGCAUCUAUCGAUAAGUCGCCAUUCUCGAAAUAUAUCUUGAGGCCGUACUGGGAUCGGGCAGUUGAGCUAUUUCCAAUGUGGAUGGCGCCAAAUUUAAUCACUCUAUGUGGCCUAGGAUUUAUUCUGGUGAACCUUGUUUGUGUAAUGGUUUUCUUGCCAGACCUUGUUGGACCAGGAGCACCCUGGCUUUAUUACAGUACCCCGGAUGCAAAGAAAUUGGUAUACAAACCAACCAAAUUAUCAUUUCUCUCCAUUGAUACUAAUAAUAGCUUUGCAGCCGGCCUCUGGUUGUACCAGACAUUUGAUAACGUGGACGGUCGUCAAGCACGUCGGACCAAGAGUUCUUCACCGCUUGGCGAACUUUUUGAUCACGGUUGUGAUGCAUUGAAUUGUUCAUUUGGGGCCGUCGUACAGGCUGCUGCAAUGGGACUCGGUCACUCUUGGUACUCUGCAUUCCUACUGCUCGUCACAACUUUACCAUUCUAUUUAUCGACAUGGGAGGAAUAUCAUACUGGUAUUUUGUACCUUGGUUACAUCAACGGACCAACAGAGGGUCUUGUGAUCGCUUGUAUUAUAAUGAUCUUGAGCGGUAUAUUUGGUCCUGGAAUAUGGUUAACUGAUCUACGAGGAUUGUUCGGAGAAGGGGUGCCCGAAUUCAUUCCUAAGGGAUAUCAUCUUGUUGACGUUACGGUUUUCUUCAUGGCAGUAGGAAUGAUUUUUAUACAUACUCCAGCGAGUUUAUACCAUGUAUAUAAAGCAUGUUCUCAGCGUUCCACAUCAUUCCUUGCAACACUUCCUCAACUGUUUUCGAUCGUAUUGUACUCUCUCUGUGGAUACCUAUGGCUUGCUUCUCCUCACUCGUACAUCUUCCGAGAUCAACAUUUCAUCCUAUUUGCCUUAACCACCGGUGUUGUAUUUGGACGUGUUGCUACAAAAAUCAUCCUUGCACAUGUCACAAAGAUGCCUUUCCCAAUGUAUACAGUAUUACUGAUUCCGUUACUCAUUGGGGCGCUUCUCACCAACAUACCAGUAUGGCUCAAAACUGACACUAUUUUGACUCCAACGGCCGAAUACUAUUACCUUUGGGGUUACUUUGGAUUUGCUGUGAUUGCUUAUACGCAUUGGGCUAAUCUUGUAAUAUCCAGAUUCUGUUCGUAUCUGGGAAUCAAUUGUCUCACCAUUCCUGCAUCCAAGAAGCGAAUCUAG